UACUUUUCUUUUUAAGUGCAAUUGCGUCCUCUGCGUGCAAUCCUAGCUAAUAAGCUAAUACAUAUCCAUAUAUACAUAUACAUACACUAUAUAUAUCGAUCGUCUUUUACGGGAAGUAUCAUUAGUUCAUUACCUUCUCCCUCUCUCUCUCUCUCUCUCUUUCUUGGGAUUGCUUUAUAUAUGUAGUUGGGUGUAAGCUUUGUUUCUUCACUUUGCAUGACAAGUACUGCCUAGCCAUCUCUUUCUUUCUCUCUCUAAAAAAACAAAACUCUCUCAAAGUCUCAUCUGAUCAAGAGAAGUGUUAUAGGCUUAUAGCUUGAUAUUGCAUGUAAUGGAUCCUAGUGGACAACACCAGGAAAUGCAGGCCCAUUCACUGGAAAACAUGUUGGUUUGCUCAAAAGCACAACCAGAGAGGAAGCCAAGACCACAACCAGAAGAAGCACUCAAAUGUCCAAGAUGUGAUUCUACUAACACCAAGUUCUGUUACUACAACAACUACAGCCUCUCUCAACCAAGGUACUUUUGCAAGUCAUGCAGAAGGUACUGGACUAAAGGAGGUACAAUGAGAAAUGUUCCAGUGGGUGGAGGGUGCAGGAGGAACAAGAGAUCAUCAUCUUCAUCAUCAAAGAAAUCUCAAGAUCAACCACUCAUCAUCACAACCAAUCCCAAUAACCCACUCACUACAUUCCCACUAAGAUAUGACCACAAUGACCUCACUCUUGCAUUUGCAAGUCUCCAAAAACAGUCUAGUGGGUUUGAUGAAACUGAUCUUUCUCUAAUUGGAAACCCAAUUGAUUUAAUGGGAAACCCAGCUACCAUUCACAAUUCUGCUUCCACACCAGCAUUUCUUGAUGCACUUAGGACUGGAUUUCUUGACACCCAAAACAAUUUUCAGAAUUUUUACUGUGGAUUUGGGAAUAUUGGAAGCUUGGGAGAGGUGGAUAGUAAUGGUGGUGGAGUCUGUGGUGAAAUGGGUAGUUUGCCUUAUGAAGACAUGAGCAGUGGAGCAACAACAACAGCAGGGACACUGACAACAAUGAAGCAUGAACUCUGCAAUGGAAGCGAAAGUGAGAACAAUAGGGUCUUGUGGGGGUUCCCAUGGCAGCUCAAUGAAGCUAACAACAAUAACAUUAAUGGUGAUCUUGAUUCAGGAAGAGAGAGCUGGAAUGGACAUUGUAGUUCAACCUGGCAUGGACUAAUUAACAGCCCCUUAAUGUAGUCCUAAUCAAAAUAUCAGUUUUAGAUCUCUUGAUGAGUAUUGUGUUGAGGGAGAUCCGAUUCACUUGAAUCAAUCACUCUGUUUCAAUAUGUUUCUUUGUUUUUGUUGGGUUCAAGUUUCCUAUUAUUGGUUUAUAAACUAAUGAAAGACUUCUAGAUUUGUUUGCCAACCAAGUAAGAAACUUUGCAGAGGUUGAUUGAUAUAGUAAUAUCAUAUCUUUUUCCUGUUUCGGAGAGAAA